AAUAUUAACGGAAAUUGGAUGACAGUUGAAUAAAUCGUAAAUUGAAAUAAUCAAACCUAUAACAAUGUCUCAAAGUGAUAAUCUGUCUUCCGAGUAUGACAUGUCCACCUGGCUCCGAUGCUGUGAACAGGAAGUGAAAGAACCCUUAGAAGGCAAAAUUAAAGGUGAUAUUCCAUCUUGGUUGAGUGGGACAUUGAUUAGAAAUGGACCGGGGACGAUCAGAAUCGGUUCAAUGGAAUAUGCACAUGUUUUUGAUGGAUCGGCCUACUUACACAGCUUCGCUAUAAAUAAAGGUAAAGCGACUUACCAAGGCCGUUUUUUGAACACAGAAGCAUUAAAGAAAAAUAGAAAGGCUAAUCGCAUCGUCAUCACUGAGUUCGGAACAAAGUCGGUGCCAGACCCGUGCCAUACUAUCUUCGAUCGGAUAUCUUUGUUCUUCGAUCCGUUGUCGUAUAUAACAGAUAACGCAGGCGUGUCUAUAUAUCCGUUCGGUGAUCAAGUCUACGCUAUGACGGAAGUGCCCACGGUAUUCAAAAUAGACAAGAAGUCACUCGAGACCAUAGAAAGGAAAACCCUUAUCGAUUCGUUGAUCGUGUGUCACACGGCGCACCCGCACAUCAUGCCGAACGGUGACGUUUUCAAUGUUGGGGUACAACUGAUCAAAGGAUUUUUAAAACAUGUGAUCGUGAAGUUUCCUUACAGCGCUAAAGAAGAUAUGUUCGACACCGCAGAAGUCGUCAGCGUCAUUGAACCUCGAUGGCGUUUCUCACCCACAUACUCGCACUCGUUUGGUAUAACUGACAACUAUUUCAUAAUAAUAGAGCAGCCACUUAUCAUAUCGACCUUCAGUUUGAUGAAAAAUGUCGUAAUAAAUCAACCCUAUGCGUCGAAUUUGCACUGGUAUCCCGAGUACGAGACGCUGAUUCUGCUGAUAAAUCGUAACACGGGAGAGAAGAUACGUUAUCGAGCCGAUACGUUCUUCUUCAUGCAUGUAAUCAAUUCCUUCGAGUCAGACGGCAAAGUGACUAUUGACGUCUGUUCGUACGAAGAUGCGAAGAUAAUUGAUGCAAUGUACGUCGAUGCUAUUAAGAACGCAGAAAGUAACCCAGACUACGGCCAAUGGUGCCAGAGCCGCCCCAAGAGGUUUGAGAUUCCGUUGGAUGCGCCUCCUUUCGCUAAAGUGGAACCACGAAUACUGGCAGACGUUGGAAUAGAAGCACCAAGAAUUAAUUAUGAUGCUUAUAAUGGACGACCAUACCGAUACUUUUACGGGAUAGGAUCAGAAGUUACAUCGAAAGACGCUGGUUCGAUUAUUAAAAUCGAUACAAUGACUGGUGAGGUAAAGACUUGGCGUGAGCAUGACGGAUAUCCCAGCGAGGCCGUAUUCAUAGCUCGUCCUGAUGCGAAGGAUGAGGAUGAUGGCGUGUUGCUGAGCGCGAUAAUAUGGGGUAAGAUUGACAACGCAGUGACACUGAUAGUGUUGGACGCUCAAGACCUUCAGGAGAUCGCGCGAGCCGAAUUCUCAACCCCUUCAGAAAUGCCUAAAUGUUUCCACGGUUGGUUCUUCCCUGAGAAAAUGACAAUAACAUAAAAUUUAAUGUUAUUGUCAUUAGCUUCUCGAAUGGGAUUUAAAUAU